AUGACUACUCGAAUGCCACUCAAAAUGCUGAGCGAAAAAGUAGCACUUAUCUUGGUGGAUAUUCAAAAUGAUUUUUUAGAAGGCGGCUCACUUCAAGUACCAGAAUCCUUGACUAUUUUAAAACCAGUCAAUGAGCUUAUUGAGUAUACCAAGUCAAAACAUGGGCUCAUCAUUGCUACUCAAGAUUGGCACCCAAAAGAUCAUAUCAGCUUUGCUUCUAAUCAUCCAAAAAAGAAUGUAUUUGAUACAGUACAAAUUGAGGUUGAAGGUGCAACACUCGAUCAAGUCUUGUGGCCAGAUCACUGUGUGCAAAAUAGCUCUGGUGCUGAGUUGAGUAAAACGCUGAAUGCUCAUCACAUUGAUUAUAUUGUAAAAAAAGGCAUGAAUCGACAGGUCGAUUCAUACAGUGCGUUUGCCGAUAACAAUUACUGUGAAGUAACGGAAUUAGCAAAAAUACUAUAUCAACAUUUUAUUGAGCAAGUGAUUAUCGUUGGACUUGCUGCUGAUUACUGUGUUAAAUUUACAUGCUUGGAUGCUAUCAAAUUUGGCUUUAAAACAAUACUAGUCAAGGAUGGCACAAAGGCUGUAGAUUCAAAUAACAUCGAAUCCACCUUUCAAUAUUUACAAUCAAAGGGCGUUGUUCUAGUACAAAGCGUAUCUGACUUAUAAAUAAUUAAAUUUUUUCUUUUUUUCUUUUCUUUUUUUUUUU